UUAGGAAGCUCCGCUGUGACCAAAGCAACGGCUUUGUUAAAGACACUCUUCAUGAGAGUACAUGCAAACCUGGGCGCUGGCGUUUGAAGGCGUUUAAAGAAACGCCAGUGAAAACACUUUACUGAGACAGGCUGCGUCAUGACACCACAUUCCCCAGCUCUACAGGCUGCGUGCAGAAAUAGAGCUCAGAGUCAGCUGCUUUUAAAACACCGCCAUAAGCUGCUAGUGCAGAUGCGACAGCUACUGCUGCGGAGGCGUCAAUUUAGUCUGCGCAUGCGCAGUAUGCAGGUUAUUGCAGCUUCUUCAAAGACAGAGGAAAAGCGAGGUGAGGAGCUGCGGGGCGAAAUUUAAAGAUGACUUCUUGGAGUGCUCGACUUCAGAACUACUCAGAACUUCCUGCCAACAUGGAUGGCUUGUCUAUGAAGAAGUACAGACGAGAGGCCUAUCACAGCUUACCAUGGGAACUGGCCCAAUGUCAUCCUGCUAUGAGAGUUUUUGUCAACAGAAGUUUAGCAAUGGAGAAGAUUAAAUGCUUUGGCUUUGAUAUGGAUUACACUCUAGCAGUGUACAAGUCUUCAGAGUAUGAAUCUCUUGGAUUUGACCUGACAGUGGAGAGGUUGGUUUCCAUUGGAUAUCCACAAGAACUUCUAAAUUUUGUCUAUGACCCUACCUUUCCAACCAGAGGCCUGGUGUUUGAUACACUGUAUGGUAAUCUGUUGAAAGUAGAUGCCUAUGGCAACAUUUUGGUAUGUGCCCAUGGGUUUAACUUCAUGCGUGGGCCAGAGAUUAGAGAACUAUAUCCAAAUAAGUUCAUCCAGCGUGGUGAUACAGAGCGAUUCUACAUCCUUAAUACACUGUUUAACCUCCCUGAGACCUACCUUUUUGCCUGCUUGGUUGAUUUCUUCACAAACUGCUCCAGAUACACUAGCUGUGAGACUGGUUUUAAGGAUGGUGAUCUCUUCAUGUCCUUCAAGAGCAUGUUCCAGGAUGUUAGAGAUGCAGUUGACUGGGUCCAUUUCAAGGGUUCACUGAAAGAGAAGACUGUUGAAAACUUAGAGAAAUAUGUGGUGAAAGAUGCAAAGUUGCCUUUGCUUCUUAGUCGCAUGAACGAAGUUGCCAAAGUUUUCCUGGCCACUAACAGUGACUACAAGUACACUGAUAAAAUUAUGACAUACCUGUUUGACUUCCCUCAUGGUCCAAAAGUUGGCACACCUCAUCGGCCUUGGCAAUCCUACUUUGACCUUAUUCUGGUUGAUGCCAGGAAGCCUGUGUUUUUUGGGGAGGGCACAGUCCUGAGACAAGUUGAUACAACGACUGGGAGACUAAAGAUCGGAACUUACACAGGUCCUCUGCAGCAUGGCAUUGUGUACUCUGGUGGAUCCUCAGACACUGUGUGUGAUCUGUUGGGGGCUAAAGGGAAAGACAUCUUGUACAUUGGUGACCACAUUUUCGGAGACAUCCUCAAGUCUAAGAAACGUCAGGGUUGGCGAACGUUCCUUGUGAUUCCCGAGUUGGCUCAAGAGCUGCAUGUCUGGACUGACAAGAGUUCUCUUUUUGAAGAACUGCAGAGUCUGGAUAUUUUCCUGGCAGAGCUCUACAAGCAUUUGGACAGCAGCAGUAAUGAGAGACCCGACAUUAGUUCACUUCAGAGGAGGAUUAAGAAAGUAACCCAUGACAUGGAUAUGUGCUAUGGGAUGAUGGGUAGUCUGUUUCGCAGUGGCUCUCGGCAGACCUUGUUUGCAUCUCAGGUGAUGCGCUAUGCUGAUCUGUAUGCUGCCUCCUUCAUUAACCUACUCUACUACCCCUUCAGCUACCUGUUCAGAGCUGCACACGUGCUGAUGCCACAUGAGUCCACUGUAGAGCACACUCACGUGGAUAUCAAUGACACAGAAUCUCCCAUGGCAACACGCAACCGCCACUCUGUGGACUACAGAGACCACGAGUAUAAGAAGCACCAGCUGACCCGCUCCAUCAGUGAGAUUCAGCCUCCUCACCUAUUCCCCCAGACACCACAGGAGAUCACACACUGCCACGAUGAGGAUGACGAUGAGGAAGAGGAGGAAGAGUAAGAUUGUAAAGGUUGUAAAUGUAACACAAGUGAGUGUUGGUCUUUUGGGACCUACAUGUUACCAAGAAAUGAGUUUGUUUAUCAUGGCUUUUAUAUUUCAACUUUAUACUUGGAUCAGACCUGGUGGUGUUUUUGUUUUUUUUUUGGUCCCUCACCCCCCAGAUGCACAUGCUAAAUCAUUAUAU